GGGUGAGAGAAGCCAGAGAGAGGGCGAGAUCUCGGGUAGGGAAGGCACGGGAGAGGAAUUCUCUUUUUUACAUCACGGACACAAAGUCUUGGGAGGAAGACAAACUCCUUUUCGCAAGAGUUCCUGUUCUUUAACCUAAAUAAAUCGCUCGUUUAUAUUUUAAAAGGUAAGCGUUUACACGAACGUUUUAUUUCUGUGUUCUCCGGACGAUUACCUCGAGAGCUUUGACGCUGUGAUCAUGGAAAGACUGACUGACCCCGAAAAAAGGGAACGAUUACCGAUUCAGGAUGUGUAUUACACCCGGUUAAAGCGUUCGCUUGGAUCUGUAACCUUCUAGGUAUGAGCGUUUAGACGUUGUUUGAGCAUUGUUCGACGGGUGGGUCCCUAAAAAACAAAACAAAGUGGCCCAAGUUGUCAACGGCACCUUCAUGAACAUCACAAGCCCCAGAACGUGACACGCUGGGGGACCAAACAGACGACUGGGAGCACGGACGACGACGACAACUUUCUCUUCUUAUAACAUCGAUUAAAAGUCGCUUUACGUAUCAGACGAUAUUUGUUUUCUUUAUGUCGUUUUUUAAUUCCAUUUUCCAUUUGUGGCUUUUGAAACGAGUAUAUUUAUUGUGCGGCUGGUUGUUUAUUGUUAGGUUCGUACCGUGUUAACUCAAGGAAAUGCUGUGUAGGCGUUCGCAUUUUUCGCGAUUUUUUUCAUACGAAAUGGCUGGCAAGUAACUCCGACAAACAAACAGCUGGCUAGUCCUGUUAGCUUUUUGUUUCGAGCUUGUUCAAAGGGCAUAUUGUCUGUCUGGGGAGGAAACCCUGGAGCAAAGGGACAAAGAAGUAAUAUUAAACGAAGCCAUCGCUGCUCUUGUGCUCUGUUGGCUACAUUUGCGUUUGGAAUGUUAUGAUGUUUCAUUUCUUUGGUUAUUUUUGGACUUUUACCGACCAUUCUGGUUUAUUCUGUCCUCUAAGAACCAAAACAGCUUAGUUUGUGACAUUCGGCAGACAGUGGCUGCUCAAAACCUAGUUUGUUGCCUACCUAGACAUCAUUUUGGGGAAGCGUUGUCGUGUGCUUGUGAUGCCCCAUGUGAUGUUGUCUAGGUGGACAGCUCACCAGGUUUUGAGCCACUCUCUUCAUCAGGUAGACGGUGAAUGACCCGGACUGCUAGCUUGAAUGCAAGUUUUAAGUUAUGUUUCAUGGCUGGAAGCAUUCACUAGCACAGGAGUCCAUAGCAGCUAUUUGUCCGUAUGUGUCUGUCAGCUGGUGUACCUAUGUGCCUUCACUCGCAUGGGUGAACACGUGAAAUAUCAGAUACAAUCCUAACAGCUUUUUGUACUUUUUUCCUCUUAAACCUGGGCUGUCUUCAGAAGCGAUCUAAUCAAUUUUGGGUGAGAACAGGCCAAAAUACAAGAUUUAUAGUGAAAAAGGAGUUAUAUUUUGAUCCGUUCUCAUUCAAAACCGAUUGGAUCGCUUAAGACAUGGAUUAUACCACUAGAGUCAUAUGGAUUACUUUUAUGCUGCCUUUGUGUUUUUUUGGAGUUUCAAAGUCUUGAAAAGAAAAAAGAAUCUGUUUGGUAAACUAUUCCUUUAAGGCAGAGCUACCAGGAACAUCUCACCAUCAUUUCUUCUUUAAAUCAUGUCUGACAUCCCACAUGUUUGGCUAGGCAUGGUUAAGUGGGAAAGCUUAGGUUGUGUUGUCUUAAAGAUAUCCUUCUUUUAAUUUAAUUUGUGCCAUGUAGUCAAGGGAAAUCCAGACAGACGAAUUAGAAGCCAAUUCAGUUCAACAUUGAUAUGAAUAGAUCCAGCAGAGCUCUUUAUCAGUUCAGUCAGUCGGUUGACUUCAUUGUAAGUACACUGUCCAGAUGAGGGUAGUUGAGGUUGUCUCUUCUUUUUGCUUGAGAUAAAACAAGGCCUUUUAAUUACAAGGGUAGUUCUGGUGUACCCAUGCUUAGGGACUAGAAAAGUUUAAAACCCUGUGCUUUAAAACAAAGAUCUCCACUAAUCUUUGCUUGUGUGCAUACACGUAGCCUAUGAGCCACAACAAUGCUGUCAUUGUUAACCAGACCACUCUUGUUCCAUUUUCUUUGUGAUAUAUCAGCGAUGGCCCAAGAGACGAACCAGAGCCCCGUGCCUAUACUGUGUACCACAGGCUGUGGUUUCUAUGGCAACCCUAGGACAAAUGGCAUGUGCUCAGUGUGCUAUAAGGAACACCUGAACAGACAGCAGAGCAGUGAUCGUAGUCCCAUGAGCCCUCUUGCUGGCAGCCCCUCAGCAGAGGCCUCGGCUAUACAGAGACUAGAAGCCAGUAUAAGCAAAGCAGAGCCCUCAUCUGUACCCAGCACAGAUAGCAUGAGAGAAAGUAUUCCUUCAACUUCCUUACCAGUAACACAACAAAUGACAGAAAUGAGUAUUUCUAAAGAGGAGAAGGCCCUGUCUCCGAAAGCUGAAGCUGUUGAACCAGUUGUAACACAGCCCACCUCGUCCUACUCUCCUGUCCCCGUUGCCCAGGGCAGCGAUGAGGGCAAGAGCCCAGACUCUUCCAAACCUAAGAAAAAUAGAUGCUUUACCUGCCGUAAGAGAGUAGGCCUAACAGGUUUUGACUGUCGAUGCGGUAAUCUGUUCUGUGGAAUUCACCGGUACUCAGACAAGCACAAUUGCACUUAUGAUUACAAGGCAGAAGCCGCUGCUAAGAUCCGCAAGGAGAACCCUGUAGUGGUGGCGGAUAAGAUACAGAGAAUAUAAGCUUUUCCCUCCAUCUCCGAGAGGGACUGAUCAGAACACUGAUGGUUAAAAUGGAUGAGUUGAGAAACAGACUUGUGUUUUUCUAUCACCUUGACAAGAAGAAAAAAGGACAAUGCCAUCUGAGGCUCAUGCAUGAACGAUCUUACAGAUUUGUUUUUGUAAUGGGUAUUAAUUUCUUUCCGUUUUGGUUUCUCUCCUCUCUGUGGUGUUUUUAUGGUAGUUAUUCUUCUAAAUUCUUUCGUUUCCUGAAGUGUAGGACACCUUUCAGGAAAUUUUAGCUUUUUGUUUUGCCUGGUCCCACCCUCACACAAUGGGAGUGGUGGCUACUCUGUGCCAGAAUGUGGCAUUGUAGUUUCUGAGGCAGCGUUGUGUAAGUAGUGUUCAGCCUUUGACUUGAUAUCAUGAAUGACGGUGGGUAUUCAAGAGGUGUGUCAAAGCUUGACCUGACUCACUACCCGAUGUGUGUUGCAUGUGUCGGUCUAUCUAACUGCAAAAAUAUUUGUUUUCUUCUUCCUUUUUUUUUUUUUUUCUUUUUUGAAAGAGUUUGUCAUUACAGUCUUUUAUAAAUAAAUCAGUAGGAUUACACAAAGGUGAAAAUUAGGCCUGAAACAUUUAGUCGACGUUAUCGACACGUCGACACAAAAAAACAAUUGACAUAAAUUUUCAUUGUCGAAUAGUCGUUUGAUCUCAUAUAAUGUAACAUGAGAUCAUAGGAAACUAAUGAUGGUGCAAAGGGAGCACUGAGGAGUGGAAGAAAACAGCUCACAGUCCAGAUGCACUCUAAACUUUCCAAACAGCUUCAGAUGAUGUAGAUCGCAAAGUAUGAGGGAAUUAUACAAUAAGUAAAUACAGAAGCACUCUCUUUGUGGAAUAAGCUGAGUCGGAGCUGCCACAACGCUGAAGCAAAGCUUGUGUGUCGAGCGUCUUUAAAGUAAACACCCUGGUGUUACAUCUUUUAAUGUAGUUAUAUUUAAUGCGUUAUAGCUUUAUUAAAGUUCAAAUAAUAAGGAAGCAGGUCAUGUAAAUAACAACAAACUUCGAAACUGGCAUUUCUCUGUGCAGUCAGUGUCUCUUCUAUCAGUUGCGCGAAAUGUCCCGAUUUAAGGGGGAGAGAUGGAAACUGCACCCGGCUGAUGCACACUCUGUUGCAAGGAUGCUCGUCCCUUGAGUGCGCGUGCUUGCUGCAGCUAGAAUAUAGACGUAUUGAAUCAUAAUAUAUGUCACUGUGCGUUUCUUAUCGUGAAGAAAAUUGCCGAUACGCAGCUUUAUUAAUAUGAGAAAGUUUAUUUUUUUGUGAGUUAAAGAUGGAUUGAAGUGAACAAAAAUGUGAGAGAGGGUAGUCUUCGCCCCAUUAUACAUGGCAACAAAAUACGUUUUUAUUUGUUUUUGUUUUGGCCUGUUUUCCAAUAUAAAUAUCUAAAACUGCUUUAAAACAACAUACAUUUACUUUAGCAGCUAUACUGCAGAAGAAGAAUUUUUUUAUCUGAGAAUGUUGAAUAUAAUAUAAAAAAUACUUUAAAAAAAAGAUGCAUUCACCUGAGAAGCAGCAUAUAAGAUAUUUAGGCUUGCUUUUAGAGAAUAGAUCUUGAAUACAAGUAUAUUUUGUCUUUACUGCACUCGCAGAAAUAUAAUCAAGUGAAAAAAUACACUUAUAUACAAAAUACACUUAUAUUUAAGAUACAGUCUCUUAAAGCAGGACCUAAAUAUCUUAUGUUGCUUCUCAAGUAAAUGUAUCUUGUUUUAAGGAUUUUUAGACUAUUUUAAAUGGAAAACAAGACAAAAACACUUGAUAACAAUAGGAUUUUUUUCAGUGAAUGUCAUUUAGAGGUAUUUUUAAAAGAUGAUUUUGUCCUCUAUUGUUAUCAAGCACAUUUAAUACAACCUUUUAAGUUGGGCACAAGCUGAAUAGUCAGUUAAGAGCUAAUGAUUAAUCGUUGCAAUAAUCGCCCGAAUAGUCAAAUAAUCGUUCUAAUAAUUGUUAGUCAAUUAUCAAAGUAAUCGUUAGUUGCAGCCCUAAUGAAAAUUAGAAUGUGGGGUCGCCCGGUUAUCAGUACCGUUAAGCAUUAUUUUAAAAUGUGAACUUGCUACUGUGAUGUCACACCCUUUCUUUUUUUGUUAAAUGAAAGGUUGAGAUUCAUCAAAUGUCAUUUGUUUUUAUUCCUUUGUAAUAGGUUAUUCUGUUCCCACAUUCUAUAACUAUUAACCUCCACUCUGUUCCUACUAUGUUUUAGAGCUUUGAUAACGUCUACAGUUGCAGGGCUUGUGCUCAUUGUCUUCAGUACUAAGAGAUCUGGGAAUUUUUUUUUAUUUUUUUAUUUUUUUUUUUUUUUUUGUGGACUUGUAGAUGUUUAUUGAAAUGUGAGAUGGUACAGUCUGAGUGUAUUUGUGUGCAAUGGGGAAUUCGGCGUACAGCCCUUCUUCAUUCUGUCAAAGUGAUAUGUGCAAGUCCUCCUUAGACAGUGCAUUUGCAGCACCGCAAUAGUAUAAGCAUUAUGUCAGACCUGAAUCUGUGAAACGUUAUUUUGGUUUUGGUGUGUGUGUGUGUAUCUGUAUAUGUAAAUGUGAGCGAUUUUUGAGUGCAUGUAUUGUAUAUAAUGUCUUUUCCUCUGUAGGGAGUGAGGUUUUCCUUAAAAGACAUGUAUCUGUUGAGAGUAUGUACCUGUUUGAAUUUUAAUUUCAGCCAUUAUAUGCAAAUUUGUAUGGGGGGGAAAAACACCUUACUAAUGUUCAUAUUUAUGUAUUGCAUUUAAUACUUUUACCUGGCAUUAAAGAAAAAUUGUAUUGUAAAUAAAAAUGUACAGAGAGAAAAUAUACA